AUGAGUUCUUUACAUAAAGCAAGGAUUGAUAAGCCAUCUUCAAGAUCAGAAGUUGGUAGCAAGAGUACUAUAAAGAGUUCCCAAGAUAUCACAAACAUUCUUGACUUGGAUUUGAAGGGAAAACUUACCACUGUGAUCCUCUAGCUACCUUAAAGGAUCAAUCCGACGUUGAUUCAGCUAAGCUUCUGAUUAAAUGGGUAGACUUAAAAUUUAGCAAGUAUCUUAACGCAGAGGAUAUUCCCAUAAAGGAUCUGGGAAAUGAAGAAGAAAAAGAGGCAGAUGGUCAAAGUAUGGGGAAAGAAGUUAGUGAAAGCAUUAAAAUGGAUCAGAAGUUCAAAUCUGUCCCUCAUGGAAAAUCUGGCAGAGUAGCAAGACCACAUUGUGACGAAUUUGGAAAUGCUGUGACAAGCCCGGUCCACCAUACUAAGGAUAUUGAGACUGACCUCCCAAAUAUCCUAAGACUGUUCAGACAACAAUUACAUAUCUUCGUCGAGGAGCAAAAUGAAUCAAAUAUGAAACGAGGUGAUUUCGAAAGAAUGGGCAAUCUUGCAAAUCCUUCAGAACCUUUUGACCAAGCUGAUAACAAGUUUGGAGAAGAUGAAGACCAGCUCCAGACAGAAGGGAGAAAGUCUUACAUGAAAAUCAAAACCAGAAAGAACUGGCCUCCUACCAUGGAAGAUUUACUUGAGUACAUCUCUAUUUAUUCUCAAAUGAACAACAUAAAAUUUACUGCUCUAAAUUACGAAGAAUUUUAUGAGAAGAAGAGUAAAAAGAACAAUAAAAAGGGAUCUAAUUUUAACAAGCAAUUGAAAACUUCUAAAACUCCCAAAAUUCGUGGGGAUAGUGAUGUAGGUACAUUCAGGAAAGAGAGUUCAAGAGAUACCAAGAAUUUGACUAGAUCCAAAAAUAUCUCAUUGAAAACUCAGGAAUCGACCCCAGAAAACCAAGAUAUCAAGCUUCUGCAAGACCUCAUAGAUAGUGUGUGACUAAUCGAAGUUUUAGAAUCGGACGAGAGAAAGAGUAGCACCACUAGAAAUACAGAGUUUAAUCUCAGAUUCAAUUUCGACCAGUUCUAUAAAGUUUUGUUUGAAAGCUCCUGCAGAGACCAUGAAGGUGUUAAAUUCCUUGACUCAGAUAAUUAUGAACAAGAUGAGAUGAUCAGAGCAAUCAUAAGGUCGAUGAACUUAAAAAUUGCUUCAAGAAGUGAAGAUGUCAUGCAGACUAUCGAUGUUCUGGAGUACUUCGUGAAGAUGCUUACAGAAAUCCCAAAUAAAGAGUUGACUAGAUACACUCUCGAACUCUUGAACGAGAUAUUGAAGGGAGACUUCAUUUUGCAGGGAGAAAAGCCUUUUAAAAGUUUCUACUGUGUUAUAUUUUACCUCUGUAAUGGAUUUAAGCAACUCGAAAGUAUUCUAUGGGAAAUGUGGCUUCCAAUGGAGAUACAGAUAAGCGGUAAAAGGCAAAGAUCAAGUGUAGGAGUCAAUAAUACAACUUCUUACCAACCUGACAAAAUGAUUUUGCAAUCAAAUAUUUAUGAUCCUCAAGUUAAAGAAUCUACCAGAGAGGUUGAAAAGAACAAUGACAUGGAUGAGCAUAAAAUGAAUUAGAAAAUCUUCACUCAAAGGGACUGAACUUGAUUGGGAAUUUUAUGAUAUAAUCAACAGCAUUUUGGAAUACUCAAAUGUAGUCCUAAACGAUAUUGAGAUAUUUGCAGGCCCAGAAAUCUAUAGUUCUAUCUUAAGAAAUUUUCAUCAUGUUCUUCCAGAUGAUGCUAUUGAUAAAAUGCUAAACGCUAUUUACAAAAUUACCAUAGAUAAAAACCAUAGAAUUAGCAACGGAAGAUACAAUGCAAUGUUUUCCAAAGAUCUCAUUCGUACAUUUGGAAAUAUUUUUUGCUUAUAUUGUUUGAACAUCACCUCUACAGAUCACCAAAUGCAGUCAAAGUAUUUCAACUUAUUGAUGAAAUUGAUAUAUCACAACAUCUUACUCGUAAACGAUAAAACUCUUCACAGUGCAAACCUGUCUAGUGAUUUUGACGCCACUAAGGACAAGACUUCCUUCUUUCAGAUGAACAGAGGGCACGGAAUAGUAAAAGACAGGACCUUAAACAAGAAUGUUAGAAAGAUAUUGCUCAAUAACCCUUCUAUAUUUGAUGACCUUCAACUUUGUUUUGUAAAGCUUGGCCAGAAUAGCAAGAUGCUCGGAGAAGAAGUAUAUAAAGAGAGGAUGAUUCAAAUCAUUUUCAUCUUUGUUUAUAUGCUUAUUUGUUCCAAAGAUCACAAGGAGAUAGACCCAAUUGAGAUUAUAAUCCAGAGCAAGGAUUACUUGUUCAAAUAUCCACAUACAAUAAAAUAUGGAAUGUUACUAUUCAUGCUCUUGUUCAGUGACAAGUAUAACAAAAGCUCAUUUGACUUUAAAAAGUUGUUCAUCAAUUCACAUACUGGUGUGGAAUCCCUCAUCAUGAAGCUAAACGAAUCAGAGAAUGAAGAGCAGUUGAUCAGAAAUAUCUACCUUGUAUGUCUACUAUGCCUUGAGACAUCAAAAGAACUUAAGUCAAAGGUUAUCAGUAAAAUUGACCUCUUGAGAUUAUUUGACAGCAUAAAGGUCAGUGAUAUCACUAUUGAGAAUCAGAAAUAACCUCAUCAGCUAUAUUAUUGAGAUGUGAUGCCUCUCAAACGAGAUGCUGUACUUCCCAGUUCAGGAUCAACUUGUCAUAAAAGGUAUGUUUGAUAGUUCAGAAAUGAAAUUUGUCAAAGAUGUGAUAGAUAGCGUCAUAAUGAACAUUUCUGAGUUUCUUCCAAAAGAUGAUGAAGACGACAUCUUCUACACUGAAAAUGAUUUCUUAUCAGCUUCCCAAGCAAACUUCUGUGCAUAUGUCGAAGAUGAUAUAGAAGAGACUGUUAGAGAAGCUUUUGCAUUCAUAGAGUCAGAUUUCCUAAACUGAAUGUUUAUCAUAUUGUUCCAGCUGGAUAAGCAAUUACAAGUUGAGUUCCUCCUCAGUCUCAUACCCCUAAUAGAAGAGAGAAGUGAGUGAAGAAGAGUCUUAUCUAAAAUUGAAAUAUUAGAGUUCUUUCUCAAAAUUUAUCAGUAUUACAGAGACGCUUUGGACAAAAAUAGUCCUGAUUACGAACUUGAUUGAGAAUAUCUUAAUCUCUUAUUAAAACUAAUCUCAUUCAGUCUUGAUAAAGGAGUCUCAGUAGAUGAUGAUAUGUAUCUCUAUUCCUUAAUUAAGAAGACCAAGACAGGUGAAGUCGACGAGAAAUUAUUAGUAAUGCUCUGCAGUCAAAUUGAAUAUUGUGAUAUCCCGAAUAACAUUAAUUUCAAAGAAACUCUAGACUCCUUUGGUCUUGCAGCCUUUGUUUCAAAAGGAAAAGCUCUGCAAAAGGUAGAAAAUGAGAUGUGACUUUCCCCUUACAUCACAAAUCUUCCUAAUAAAAAGAAGGGGUUCAGCCUUGCGUUCUGGGUUAGGUUAAAGAAGCUUUAUGACAACAUGAACCUAAUCUCGGCAUUAAACUACAAGACAGAAAGGAUAGUUACUGUUAGAAUUAAUGUCAUUAGAGAAUUCCAGAAUUUUAAUAUCCAAGAUAGAAUAGGUGCCAGCAAUCUAGGAGAAAAUUAUGGAGAGGCUUUCUCCCGACCUAAAAUUGUGAAAAUCUUAGAGGUUGUCUAUACAAAAGAGGAUACAUAUAUUCAAGAUAAGGCUGAGAUUCCUAUCAACUUUGAGAUAAAUAAAGUUUAUCACGUCUACAUUGAACACAAAAAGAAAAAUUUCAGAAUAUUUUUGAAUAAUCAGAUGGUCUUUGAUACAAACCAAAUUCCAUACUCGUAUCCAGGAAAUUUGGAGCAGCCAAUAACGUUCCAGCUGAGCUCUAUAGACAAAUCGAUCACACCAAUUGAAAUUUUGAAAUCUACUUUGACUGAGAAAGAACGAGAGCUGGUCUAUAAUGCUGGAGAAAUGUGUGAAAAUUCAAUGACUCAUUACUUGCAAAAAUACAAAAAGAGACUGAUAUUAAAAUUUCCUGACAUUAGUGAGUUAGAGCCUUUUGAUGUAAACCUCACUUCCAUGGUUAACUUCAGUAACGAAUGAAGCAAGGUUUCAAUCAAUGAGGUGCAGUUCUCCAACAACAACGACAUGCCUCCCAACUUCAAGUCACACUUAUUGAGAAUUGAUCAACAACAGAAAGAAUUUUACAUUAGGCUGCAGCCUAAAAUUAACAAUUUUAAGACUUGGAAAAUCAUGAAGCCCAUUCCUGAGGAAGCUGAAUUUAUCUACAUCAUGCAUCAUAAUUUGAAGCAAUAUCUUUCUGGAAACAAUAUGUUCUCAAUAUUAUUCAGUUUUAUACAUACAAGUCAAGGAUCCGAGCUGAUAGUUCUAUGAGCAUUGCUACAAAGAAAUCCCUUCUUCUUGAGCCUUCUGUUCGACCUUGGAGGAAUUGAUCUCCUGAAGGACAUAAUUGUCGAGAAACAGCUCAAUAAUAGAAUGGAUGAGAAAAACCUCAUGUACCUUUUUAAUAUCGCUUGAAGUGAAUCUAUUUCUGAAGAGAUUGGGCCUAAGCAAGAAGAGGAGAUCAAAAGGCCCCCUGGUGAUGAAGCGGGCUGUUCCAAAGAAAAUAUUAUCCCAAAAUUCAAUGAAGCAAUGAUGGACUUCCUUGAUAUCCUAAUCCUGAUACUUAAAAAGAGUAAGAACAAGUUGAGGGUUUGAAAAAAGAUAUUGAAGACCCUUGUUUAUUUACUCGAGGAACCAACUAACAAGGAAAAGUUCCAUAACAGAUACGGAAAGGCAAUUUUGACAUCUUUUAUGUCUUAGCAUAAAACUUUGGGAUAAAAUUAGAGUAAUA